AUGCCCUCCGUCCGUGACGAGUAUGCACUUGACGAUCGUCGUCUCGGCAUAGGCAUCGUCCCUCCCCUUCCUCCUGUGGUUCGCAGCUCUGGCGAGACGAUCACCGUCGGCAUCAUCGGCGCAGGCGUGGCGGGACUGUUCACCGCGAUGCUCCUUGAAAAGGCGAUCGAGGACCACGGCUUGGAUAUCAAGUACGAGAUCUUGGAAGCCGAGACCGUCGAGGGGGGGGCAUCCAUUCGGCGGAAGGCUGUGGACUCAUCGCUUUGGCGACUCGGAGAACGACUAUUAUGUGAGGCUUGGAUCUCGCUCGCUGUGGACCGCGGGGCGAUGCGGUUUCCCGAUAUCGCGUACAUGAAGCCCGCCAGGGACCUUUGCACCACGCUCGGACCCGAUAGAGUCAAAAUCCCGCAUAUCAUGUCCACCCAGCAGAAUAUCGGCUUCUUCAACGGCAAACGUCUCGCCGACGUGGAACGCCAAAUCAAAACCCACGCAAAAGAAUACGACCCGUUCAGAACAGGGGCUCGGCUCAAAGGAUCACCGGCACCGUAG